CCUUCUCCAUCUCUCUCACUCUCUCUCUCUACACUCUCUCUCUAGCCGGAUCGCCAUACUCUUUCUUCCCCAGUCAAACCUACCUUCCUUCACAUCUCACCAAAAUUACCAGUUCAUUACUCCACCAAUUUCUUCAUUCCCUAUCAAAAGGAAGACGAAAGUAGCAAUACCCAAUUUUAUCCUAAUUUUUAUCAUCUUAAGCUUCAGAAAAGGAACCCAGAAUUUUAACUGUCAGUAAUCUGUAAUUCCACACUCCACUUCUUCCUUUGUGUUUCGACUUUUUAAUUUUUUUUCUUUUCUGAUCCCUGCAAUUCAAAGCAAUAAUAAAUUUUUUGCCUUAGCUUCCAUUGCAAUAAAGGGCGGUCCCACCAGCAAAUUUAAACCGGCUGCCUCUCACUAUCUCCUCUCUCUUAAUCUCUAAUACAUCCGCUCUUCAUUCAAAUGGCUUCCAAGAACCAGAAUAAGGCUCCUUCCAGCCCUUCACAAGUGAGUUUCUCUUCAACUAAUGUUAAUCUCUUUUGAAAAUUGAGCAAGUGUAGCGGUAUCGAUGAGGUUUCCAUAGAUAAGAGGAGAAAGAUUGCAAGCACAAAAAUGCCACCUAACACUGGACCACGAACGCAAACUCGUCAAGCAUUUUCAAUUGUAAAUGGGGGCCAAGAUCUACCCCCACUCAGUGGGCCGCCAAGCAAUUCUGGUUCUGAUUGUGGUGCAAUUGAGUUCAGCAAAGAUGAUGUCGAUGCAUUACUCAACGAGAAGUUGAAGAAAAACUUAAACUACAGGGAGAAGAAUGACAAAAUGGUUGAUCUCAUUAAAAGGCUUAAGCAAUGUAUCAAAUCGUUUCAACAGCGUGAAGCAAACUAUGUGGAAGAGCAGGAAACAUCUAAAAAACUAUUGGAAUUGACAGAAAAGAAGUGCAGUGAUUCGGAGUUGAUGAUGAAGGCCAAGGAAGAUGAAUUGAAUUCUAUUAUUAUGGAAUUGAGGAAAAAUUUGGAGGCAUUGCAAUCAAAGUUUGCAAAGGAGGAAGUAGAUAGAUUGGAAGCAUUGGAUUCUUUGGCUAGAGAAAGAGACUUGAGAGUAGCUGCAGAGAAAUUACAAGCUUCUCUUUCUGAAGAUCUCAGACGAAGUCAACUAGAUAAUGAUAGUGCCAACCACAAGAUUCAAUCACUUAAUGAUACAUACAGGCGGUUACAAGAGUUUAACACGAGUUUGCAUCAGUGGAACACUAGGCUUCAAUCAGAUCUUGAAACGACAAACACAACACUCAAGCGUGUUCAGGAAGAAAAGGCAGCCGUUGUGGAAAACCUAAGCACUCUGAGGGGCCACUAUACUUCUCUGCAAGAGCAACUUAUUUUGUCACGAGCAUCCCAAGAUGAGGCAAUCAAGCAGAAAGAUGCACUAGGCAGUGAGGUUUCAAGCUUGAGAGGCGAUCUGCAACAAGUGAGGGAGGACCGUGAUAGACAAUUGUCACAAGUUCAAGGUUUACAAUCUGAAGUUUCAAAAUACAAGGAAUGUACUGGAAAGUACAAAGCAGAUUUGGAGACUCUGAGCAGUAAAACGAUGGAACUGGAGUCAACAUGCUCGGCUCAAAGUGAGCAAAUAAGACAAUUAAAUGAAGAGCUCGGUGCUGCACAAAGGAAAUUGCAGCUUUCCGAUCUAUCAGCCAUGGAAACAAGAUCCGAAUUUGAGGAGAACAAGUCAUUGAUUCUUGAGUUGAAAAGUCGUCUAGCUGAUGCAGACAUAAAGAUUGUAGAGGGGGAAAAAAUUCGAAAAAAAAUGCAUAACACUAUUCUGGAGUUGAAGGGAAAUAUACGUGUAUUCUGUAGAGUGAGACCCCUGCUUUCUGAUGAUGGGGAAGAUGAUGCAAAAGUUGUUUCAUUCCCAACAUCAAUGGAAGCACAGGGUCGAGGCAUUGAUUUGAGCCAAAAUGGACAAAAGCACUCUUUCACUUUUGACAAAGUGUUCGUGCCUGAUAACUCGCAAGAAGAUGUUUUCUUGGAGAUAUCACAGCUUGUUCAAAGUGCACUCGAUGGAUACAAGGUCUGCAUAUUUGCAUAUGGGCAAACAGGCUCUGGUAAGACAUAUACGAUGAUGGGUAAGCCAGGACUACUAGAUCAGAAAGGUUUAAUUCCACGAUCACUAGAGCAAGUAUUUCAGACAAAACAAAUGCUUGAAGCCCAAGGAUGGAAGUAUGAGAUGCAGGUGUCAAUGCUUGAAAUAUACAAUGAGGCAAUACGUGACCUGUUAUCAACAAACAAAUCAACCUUUGAUGCAUCACGAGUAGAAACUGCUGGGAAGCAAUAUGCUAUCAAGCACGACGCAAAUGGCAACACCUCUGUCUCUGAUCUUACAAUUUUUGAUGUCUGCAGUAGCAGAGAAGUUUCCUAUCUCCUAGAACGAGCUGCACAGAGCAGGUCUGUUGGCAAGACCCAAAUGAACGAACAAUCUUCAAGGAGCCAUUUUGUCUUUACCCUAAGAAUAGUCGGUGUUAAUGAGAGCACUGAUCAGCAAGUCCAAGGUGUGCUGAAUCUAAUUGACCUUGCUGGUAGUGAGCGUCUUUCCAAGAGUGGUUCGACUGGGGAUCGGCUUAAAGAAACCCAGGCCAUCAAUAAAAGUUUAUCGGCACUUAGUGAUGUCAUUUUUGCCUUGGCAAAGAAAGAGGAGCACGUGCCGUUUAGGAACUCCAAGCUCACUUAUCUUCUCCAGCCUUGCUUAGGCGGAGAUUCAAAGACUUUGAUGUUUGUGAAUGUUUCACCCGAUCCUGCAUCCGUGGGCGAAUCACUUUGUUCACUACGGUUUGCUGCUAGGGUGAAUGCUUGUGAGAUUGGCAUCCCAAGACGUCAAACCAAUCUAAGAUCUUCAGAUUCACGAUUGAGCAUUGGUUGAUUUUUGUUUAUGGGAUCACACUAUUUUAGAUUAGGAAAGUUUGUUUACCAUAUGUUGUGGGCAUUUGUUUUAAGUUGAUAACAAAUGGCAGAAAUCUAACUGCAUUUGCAUAGAGUUUGUACAGUUGAAGAGAUAUUAAGCUGAUACACGGGGCUUCAGCUUUAGCCCUUGUAUUAUUCUUUUGUGUUUAUCAAGAAUAUUAGUUUGUGCUCUUCACAAA